ACCCCAGCCCCAGUCUCCCCUUCUGUGUUGCUGUAGGUGUGCAGCCCUUUCACUGUCUGUCAGAAUUUGUGCUUUUCUCUUCCUUAUUAUGGAGAUGGCAGAGGAGACGUUGAUGUCGGCAGCCUUAGCGAGGUCCCAGUCCUUCCAUACUUUCAACACACCGCAGAAUUCGACGAAUAAAAGCGGAAAUAACUUAGAAUGUCGAGUGUGUGAAGAUGGAUUCAGUCUGGGUGGCGAUAAAGUGCCACGGCUUCUGUUCUGUGGCCAUACCCUUUGCCAUGCAUGUCUGCUGAGACUCCCCACACAUGACAAUAACAUUCACUGCCCAUUUGACAGACAACCAACUCCUAUUGGUGCAUCAGGUGUGUGGGGUCUCAAGAAAAACUUUGCCCUCCUUGAACUCCUAGAAAGACUGUCAUUAUCGCGAUCAGAUGCAGUACUCCUGCCAGAAGUCCUUGUGCAACAGAAAGAGCUGGGCAUAUCCUGUGAUGAAGAUGAAGAUCACUUGGCAGUACUUUAUUGUACAGUGUGUGCAUCUCAUCUCUGCUUAGAAUGCUCUGAAAGAACCCAUGCCACGAGAACCUUACACAAGCAUAAACGCAUUCCCUUAUCAGAGAAGCCACGAGAGAAACCAAGAUGUGUAGACCACUCAUUUCACCCUGUGGAAUUUGUGUGUCUGGAGGAGGAGUGUCAAGCUGCCCCCUUAAUGUGCUUCAUCUGCAAAGAUUACAAACACACCAAACACAAGCAUGUAUUGUUAGAGCAGGAAGCAGAGAGGAUUCGCUCUACUAUCAGUGCAGCCAUUCAGCAUAUCAAGAGAGUUGCUCAGGAACUGACAGAUUCUGCACACAAACUUGAAAGUGUCGCUCGUCAGCUAGAGGGACCUGCCCCUGAGACUGCUGCUCUGGAAAUGAGUGCUGGAGGAACUGCCGAGGAGGCCAGGGCUCGUGUCAAGCAAUAUUUUGCCCAGUUGAGAGAUCAGCUGACAAGACAGGAAUCGCAGGCAAUGACUGUAUUGGAUGCUCAUAUUCGGGAACGGCUCUGCUCCAUUAGACAGCAGCAGGAAGAUAUGACUACCCUUCUCUCACAAAUGGUAACGGUAGUUGUCGAUGGUGAGAGAGCCAUCCAGCAAGAUGACGGAAGAUUAAUAAUGGCAUCCCAAGACCUAUCUGCGCGACUGGCUCAUGUCACCUCACAGGAGCAACAGCUAGCGAACUUGGCAUCUCUGGUUCCAGAUCCUGCUAUACCUAUCACAUUUACCAAAGUAAUUAUUAUAACACAUUGUCUAUUUUCAUGGAUUUUGAUUUUUGUGUUUAUUAUUAUAUUUUUGCAUAUGGUCAUGUUAGCGUGGGAAGAUGAGAGCAUAACUCAUAGGCACAAUCCAGCCAUACACAUGAUUGCCCAGUCAGGAAUUGCGAGGCUACUAUCAACACAAAAGAGAACCAUAGAACUGAAAGCAUGGCACGACAACUUGUUCCCUAAAGAAAAGUCAUAA